CGGCCGGGCGCGCAGCGAGCAGUCCCCGCCGCGCUGGCGUCGUCCUCGCCGCCCUCGCCGCCCCCCGCGCGCGGGCGGGCCCUGCCGCCCAUGGGCUCCCGGCCCGAGCCGGACAGCGAGGCCAUGGACGCGGAGCUGGUGGUGACGCCGCCGGGCUGCUCGCACCUGGGCAGCUUCAAGGUGGACAACUGGAAGCAGAACCUGCGGGCCAUCUACCAGUGCUUCGUGUGGAGCGGCACGGCCGAGGCCCGCAAGCGCAAGGCAAAGUCGUGCGUCUGUCAUGUUUGUGGUGUCCACCUGAACAGGCUUCACUCUUGCCUCCACUGUGUCUUCUUCGGCUGUUUCACAAAGAAACAUAUUCAUGAACAUGCGAAGUCGAAACGGCACCACCUGGCCAUAGAGCUUAUGUAUGGCGGUAUCUACUGCUUUUUGUGUCAGGACUACAUAUAUGACAAGGACAUGGAAAUCAUUGCCAAAGAGGAGCAGCGGAAAGCUUGGAAAAUGCAAGGCGUUGGAGAAAAGUUUUCAACUUGGGAACCAACCAAACGGGAGCUUGAACUGCUGAAACACAACCCCAAAAGGCGCAAGAUCACCUCCAACUGCACCAUAGGUCUGCGAGGGCUCAUCAACCUUGGCAAUACCUGCUUCAUGAACUGCAUCGUCCAGGCGCUCACCCACACGCCGCUGCUGCGAGACUUCUUCCUCUCUGACAGGCACAGGUGUGAGAUGCAGAGCCCCAGCUCCUGCCUGGUCUGCGAGAUGUCGUCACUUUUUCAGGAGUUUUACUCUGGGCACCGGUCCCCCCACAUCCCGUACAAGUUGCUGCACCUGGUGUGGACUCACGCCCGGCACCUGGCAGGCUACGAGCAGCAGGACGCCCACGAGUUCCUCAUCGCGGCCUUGGACGUCCUGCACCGGCACUGCAAAGGUGACGACAACGGGAAGAAGGCCAACAACCCCAACCACUGCAGCUGCAUCAUAGACCAGAUCUUCACAGGCGGACUGCAGUCGGACGUCACCUGCCAGGUCUGCCAUGGCGUCUCCACCACAAUAGAUCCCUUCUGGGACAUCAGUUUAGAUCUGCCUGGCUCUUCCACCCCCUUCUGGCCCCUGAGCCCAGGGAGCGAGGGUAGCGUGGUGAACGGGGAAAGCCACGUCUCAGGAACCACCACUCUCACGGACUGCCUGCGAAGAUUUACCAGGCCAGAGCACUUAGGCAGCAGCGCCAAGAUCAAGUGUAGCGGCUGCCAUAGCUACCAGGAGUCCACCAAACAGCUCACCAUGAAGAAACUGCCCAUCGUGGCCUGUUUCCACCUCAAGCGAUUCGAACACUCGGCCAAACUGAGGCGGAAGAUUACCACAUACGUGUCCUUUCCCCUGGAGCUGGACAUGACCCCCUUCAUGGCGUCCAGCAAAGAGAGCAGGAUGAAUGGACAGUACCAGCAGCCCAUGGAUAGUCUCAACAACGAUAACAAGUACUCCUUGUUUGCCGUUGUUAACCACCAGGGGACCCUGGAGAGCGGCCACUACACCAGCUUCAUCAGGCAGCACAAGGACCAGUGGUUCAAGUGUGACGAUGCCAUCAUCACCAAGGCCAGCAUCGAGGACGUGCUAGACAGUGAGGGGUACCUGCUGUUCUACCACAAACAGUUCCUGGAGUACGAGUAACCGCAUCCGCAGCCGCUCAGCAAAGGAAGGCGAUGAGUUGGCCCGCCUCUCAAGAUGAUCCCCCACUCCCCGACAGGACACUGCCACCCGCACAGAAGCGCCCCAGGAGUGUCAGGGCCGUGGCAGCCUGGCCAGAGACGGCCACAGUGGGUGCCCGGGUGGUCGACUGGACAAGCACUGCGGCCGGGCGAGGCUCCAGGAACCUCACGACCUGAAGGCUGUGCUCUGUGCGGGAUGGGGCAGAGGAGAUGAGUCAUUGUGUCUCUCCUGUGCUCCUCAAGAGAGCGUGUGGGUGCCCUCCGCACAGGGCAGCCUUGUCCUGGUGCUUCUGCACAGCAGUGUGGAGCUGAAAAGGCGCCAGCCCAUCCUAGAAUUAUGGAUGCAUUAGAGCAGUAGAGACAGAGAUGCUGUGCAAGGACCAAGGGCUUUGCAAGUGUCUUUCUCUGUGUGAGUCUGCGUAUGAAAUCUACGUAGUGUGGAACUCUUAGCCUCCGUUUUAUCAGCAGACAUCAGGAACCCCCAGCACCUGUGAACGGAAGGUGCUCACUGGGGUUCGAGUCGCGUUGUUCUGCGGAUGACAUAGCGUCAGACUGCAUGUGGAAGCGCCAGCCAGGUGUCUGUUGGAUUUCUAAAAAUAGGCGUUUUCUUAUUCCCUCUUCUUCAUCUUUUUCCAUAGUGGUGAAUUUCAUAAAUGUAAUGAUAGUGAUGUGAAUGAAUUCUUGAGUUUAUACUGAAAUUUAGAUAGUUUUCCCUUUAUUCUCGAGAGUGAACUUGCUUUUGAAUUGGUGCUGGUUUUGUUGCUUUCCGUCUCCCUCCCGUCUGGAAGCAUCUGUGUCCUGGCCGAAGCUGGCAGGUGCAGCAGAGGAUGGGGCUGCAGCUCACAACUGCUCUAUCACAGUAGUCUUCGAAGUAAAUGAAGUGUUUUUCAGUUGUUUCCUUGUAUUUUUUUCCUGGCCUCCUGUCCCGCUGGCUGUCCCGUCACUGCUUGUUGGCCGGCUUGAGGCUGAGUGGCUUCCAGCGGAGCCACGCUUCAUUGUGGAGCCUCUGCCCCACGUCCAGUGUCGUUGCAAUUGUAGCAGGAAAAGAUGACUCUGUGAUGGAGCUUUGGGAAGAGCUGAGUGAGGAGAUGAACACUUUGUUCCUUGUAAGAUAUCUUGCCUGCAUGUAUCUACUUAAACCCAAACUUAGAUUGUCCAUUUCUGAGAAAUUACAACCCAGAGCCGUGGGGGAGGCAGUGUUGCUUUCCUAUAGUUUGUGAACAAGCUGUGCUUGUCCUGGGAGCCAAGUCUGCGUCUGAGCUGUGGAGCAUUUGUUCCUGGAGAAGAAGAGAGUCAGCUGUUGAAGGGUCAGCAAACUUUUUUCGUGAAGAGCCAGAUAGUAAAUACUUUAGGCUUUGUGGGCCGUAUGGUUUCUGUCCUAGGUAAUAUGUAAACAAAUGAGUGUGGCUGUGUUCUAAUAAAGCUUUGUGUAUGGAUGCUGCAAUUUGAAUUUCAUGGGACUUUUCACAUCCUGAUAUGUAUUUUUUUCUCUAUUUAAAAAUGUGUGACCUAUUCUUAGGUGACAGGACAUAGAAAAACAGUCAGUGGACCAGAUCUGGCUCAUUAGAUAGUUAAGUUAGGAGUUGAGUAGUUACUGCACAGCCUGGAAAAUGCUAGAGUAUGUGAAUCAGCAAUCAUAUGCUGCAGAAUCAUCAUAUAUGGCAAAAUCCUUAGUGAUACAAUUUUUUAAGCACUUGCACAGUUCAUUCUCAGUUGUAUUUCUGCAUUUAAGGAGCGUAAGUUUUAAAGCAUGUUUUCAAAUAGCAUUAUCAGAGAAAUAUGGGUGGGUGCGAGCUUUCCGGAAAUGUCCCCAUUUGCCCAAGGGAUGUGUGUGCGUGUGUGACUGUGCUGUGCUAAGUUCCUUUGGGGAGGUGCUGUCUUGUAAUAAGGAACAAAUCCAAGGGAAGGCAGAAGGGACUGAAGCGGGUCUGCAGAGCUCUGAGCCCGCAGAUCUCCUCUGGUUUGCCACCUCGCUUUGCUGCAGGGCCUGGGUGCAAAGUGGGGGCAAAGCAGAUGGAUUGGCUGUGGGGUUUCCUGGCAGAUUCCCUGUGGCCUGCCAGCCCUGCUUCCCCACAUGUGUCUCCUCCCCUGCACCCCUUCCUGUCUCCUUUCGGGUUCAGGGGCUCAGCUGCUCUGAGCACAGGAGGACUGGGGAGAGACAGUGAGGCCGUGUUUAUGUUUUAUAGACAUUAAACUUUUGUAUCCAAAUUAGUUCUCUUUAUUCCCUUUGGCAUUGGCAUUCUAAGCACUUACCCCCCUCUCUGCUACUGAGAAGUUCUCCUGCGGCUGGCGCACUGCUUCAGGAGCCGCUGGUGCUGCACUGCCGGCCAGAGGGCCUGCCGUCGACGCGCUCGUCUGAGUUCAUCGUGUUGGGAACAAAAUAUUACAUGAUGGGUUUGGGAAUUUCUUUCCUUUUAGCUCCCAAUCUGACUGUUAACUUCAGGAAAAUGGUUUUCUUGUUUCCUAAUAACUACCCCUGUGUCGGUUUUCCAAUCAUGACCAAGUACGUCUGACCACUAAGGAAUCGUUGGUGACCCCCUCCACUCGCAGCAGUGUGUUUAAAAUGUCCUGUGUUCCUGAGAUGACGGCUGUCGUUUCAGCGCUUCACACUGGAACAGUGGACUCUCCCUCUGGUGUCUGAAGUGAGUUCCGAACAGUGUAAAGUGCCAGGAGAGUGGGGCCGGGGAGGUGGAGUGGCCAGGCCUCCCCUCCAGGCCGGGCGCCGGAGCAGCCCACGCCGCAUCCACCUGUGCUGUUGUAGUCCAGCUUGGUGUGUGUGCUUUCAUUACGUAAAAUUGCUCUUCUCUGACAGUUAAAGCGACUGUUUCCUUGCUAUAACCUUGAAAACAAAAAUUGUUAGGAGAGGACUCCACUGAUCAUGCUGUGGACUUUAUUGCCAAGACGUUUACACCUCCUUUCUCCCUGUCGUUUGGAGCAACUGUUUGACUCUACCUUCCACCCCAAUGGCUUGUAGUCGUUCCUAUGUCAUAAUAAAGCUACGUUUUAUUCUGAAAA